AUGUAUGGUAAUUUCUUGGCCGGAUCACAUGACACAAUUACCUCAAGAAUCGAUCAAGAUGUAUUGCAGGUCUGCCUACGUUUCCGAUUUUUUCUCCCUGGCGGGGUCUCUCCACGCGCCUGUGGUGCUAUAGAUGGACAAAGUUUAACACGGCCAAGCUGCCAAUUCCUUUCCUCUGUCGCGAGGAGGAAAAGGGAAAGGAGAGAUAUGACGGAAUACGAGGAUCGCAGCUGUGCGUCAAAUAUGUAUUUACCGAGCUGCACUUAUUACGUUUCGACGCCCGAUUUUACAUCAGUCUCCUCCUUUUUACCGCAGACCACGUCGUGUCAGAUUAAUUUCCCCUACUCGCCCAACAUAGCCCAGGUCCAACCUGUUCGAGAGGUCGCUUUCAGGGAUUAUGGACUGGACCAUCCCAGCAAAUGGCACUACAGGGGCAAUUACGCGUCUUACUACUCCGCGGACACGGAGAUAAUGCACCGGGACCUGAUCCAGUCCUCCGGCGGCAGGGCGGACGUGAUAUUCAAAAACGAGUCCUUGUACGGGCACCACGGAGGGACGAGCUCGCCGUGCGGCUUCUUCACCGGCGUCGGCCGAAACGGGGUUCUUCCCCAGGGCUUCGACCAGUUUCUUGACACUCCCAACUCGGACAAGCCCAACGCGGAGCCCCCCAAACAAAAGACAGACUCUGCUGCUGCUGCUGCUGCUGCUGCUGCUGCUGCUGCUGCUGCUGCUCCCGGAGAUGCUGCGAAUAACAAUCAGGCUUUAACCAAACUGGAGCAGCACAAAGCUGACCCGAGCGGGAGCGUCGACGAGGACUCAUCCUCCAACUGCGGCGACAAGAGCAACCCACAGAGUUCAUCAACCAAGUCCAGGAAGAAGAGGUGCCCUUACUCCAAAUACCAGAUCCGAGAACUUGAACGAGAGUUUUUCUUCAACGUGUACAUUAACAAGGAGAAGCGGCUCCAGCUCUCCAGGAUGCUCAACCUGUCCGACCGGCAGGUGAAGAUCUGGUUCCAGAACAGGAGAAUGAAAGAGAAGAAGCUCAACCGCGACCGCCUACAGUAUUUCACUGGGAACCCCUUAUUCUGAUGCGCUCGCGCGCGCACACGCACACACACACACACACACACACACA